AUGCACAGGGCUUUGAAGAGGCUCCGAAGUUCUGAGUUCCAGGACCCACCUGAGCUCGUUACAGUUUUUGAGUCCCUCAAGGAGAGUCAAGCGGACGUGUUGACUCGUCGACUUGAGACUCUUGUGGAGUUUGAUGCCAAUAGGCUUAACCAGACUAUGCCAAACUGCUAUGAGCAGUAG